CUCUUACUCAAGGCAGUACAUAAAAUGCCUUCCCUGGGUUCACCGUUAUCUUUGCAACAGACCUCGACAAUGGAAAGGGAGGAGGAGAAAGAAAGGGAGGAGGAGAAAGAAAGGGAGGAGGAGAAAGAAAGGGAGGGAGAGGGAGAGAGAGAGAGAGAGAGAGAGAGAGAGAGAGAGAGAGAGAGAGAGAGAGAGAGAGAGAGAGAGAGAGAGAGAGAGAGAGAGCGUCCCCAGAGCCUCGGGGGGGGAGACAUCGACAGCCCGAGAUCGCCGUCCCAGGGCGAGUGA